AUGGCCCGACACAUCAACCGCCAGAUUCACUGGCUUACGCCGGUGAGUAUGGUUGGCGCACUGUUGAUCGGAGGUCUCUUUGCUCUCGGCCAUGACCUCUUCUAUGCCAGCCUGGCGGGAACUACAGUUGCAGCAGAUUCUUUUGAGGUGGCUGGCGCCGAGGUAUCAAGGCAGCAGCUGAACCUGGCGGCUGGCACAACACUUGCAUUUCUUUUCAAGAGCUCCGUGGUUUCCGCAGUGUCAAUGGCCUAUUUUCAGGCUGUUUGGCAUGUCGUCAAGAGCAGCAAACGCGAAAUAGACAUCUCCAACAUGGACGUUCUGUUAUCGGCGUUGGGUAAUGCCAUCUCCUUGCUCAGAGUGACGGCGUCUGACUUCUUUAGGCUUGUUCCCGUCGUGUCCAUCAUCACCCCUGCGACUCUCUCGGUCGGCCUCGCGUCUCCCCCAGACACGUCUCUACAGGUCCCAAAUGUCGCAUUUACUGGACUCAGUCUACUCCGUAUGAUGCCGAAAAACCCCGGACGGGACAUAUCACCUGCUCCAUGUCGUGACCGCAACAACAACCCUAAUCGCCCAACCGAGUGCGACAAUGAUCUAACCAACUACUUGUACAACGGGCCGAGUGAUGCUGUUAGCAAAGUAGUUGUCGCUACUGCUGCACAGGGAAACAUCAUUGCGGUAGAUGCACCUGCUCCAAACUCAAGCUGGAGUCUUGAGUUUCUGGCUCCAACGUUGAGAUGCGACGAGGUCACUGGAGAUACCAGACGCCGAAUUGAACAAAGUAUCACCAGCUUCACGGACCGCUAUUGCGAACAAGCACCAGGCUAUGUGGCUUGGACGCCAGCCAACAACAAACCCGAGUCACUACUACCGUACUCGCUCAUUAAAACAGCGGACAAAGUUACCAACUUUAUCUACAACGGGUUUACAACAUUUGAUCGAGAAGGCAGAAAGGCAUGGCAGGCCGUUGAUAAAACCCAGACCGAAAGGAAUGAUUUGGUUCUUUUCAUGGCCAUAGUCCCAGCGGCACUCAAGUUGGGCUCAAGGCCUGACGAUAGAUUCGCAUGCGAAAUGGCCUCAAAGGGCAGAAGUGAAGGCAAAGAGGUGCUGAGAAAGGCAUUAUUUGACUCGACAGCCUCGGUACUACGCUGGGACCUCCGCAACUCGACGUACGAAGCACAUUUCAACGUCACCAAUGGAAACCAGCAGGUCAAACUAAAGGUAAAGGAGAUUGAAGAGAAACCGCUCGAUGUCAUCGCUGGCGUCUGGGGCAGCAACACAAACAGCAAGAACCCGAGCUGCACGCCUCUCAACAUGGACUCUGAAUGCACCUUUGAUCCCUCUAUCCUUCGCCACCUAUCUUAUCAGGCUCUAAUGGAUGCCUUUACGGAUGUGCUCAUCGGUAGUUUGACCCUCCGCCGUCGCCAGACGGAUGACUCCCUUGUCUUCCACGGAAACACGAGUGUCCAGAGCACAGUUCUCACAGCUACACCUGAGCUCCAGAUUCUCAGCGACCUGACACUCUUGUCUAAAGAUCUACCUAUACUCCAGAAGGUAGAGCCGGAUGACCAUGAGUGGGUCUACAAAGGACUGUGGAACGGACCUGGAGAGCAGAGAACCACGCCGCUGAAAGAGGCACUUGAAGAGCUCUUCCAAAACAUCACACUAAGUCUCAUGAGCUCACCACUCCUACAGACUAACCGUCUUCCCAAGCCGAACAAACACUCGGCCUUCAAGCCCAAAAACACCACCGUUACCUUUUCAACCAUGCAUCCAGUCUACAUCUACGCCCGAAGUCGCCUUUGGCUCGCCUACGGCCUUGGAAUCGCGUGCUCUACCCUCACCGUGUGUAUUGGACUGCUAGCAAUAUAUAUGAACGGAGCUUCAUUUAGUAAUACCUUUUCAACCUUGCUUCGACUGGGGCGGGGGGCAAGUCUGAGCAGCGAGAUUGAAAAGGUUGAUCUUGAUGGCCGAGAUCCACUUCCUGAAUACAUCAAGAAUACAAAGGUCAAGUUUAGCAAAACUUUAGUACAAACGGAUGAGUACAUACCAAUGUCGGAAGCUGAGGAGUGGGAGACGGAAGUAAGACGACAAUGA